GUGCUGGCGGCGGCCCUGACGGAGUCGGGGGCUGCACAGCUGCGGGCGGCCGCCUCGUCCCGGCUGCAGACCCUUGUCCUGGACGUCACCUCCAGCCAGAGCAUCGCUGCCGCCACCGCCUGGGUUAAGGGACAGGUCGGAGACCGAGGGCUCUGGGGGCUGGUGAACAACGCGGGCAUCGCCCUGCCCACGGCCCCCAAUGAGUGGUUGCGCAAGGAGGACUUCGUGCGGGUGCUGAACGUCAACCUGGUGGGGCUGGUGGAGGUGACGCUGAGCUUCCUGCCCCUGGUGCGGCGCGCCCGCGGCCGGGUGGUCAAUGUGGCCAGCAUCAUGGGCCGGCUCGCCUUCUUCGGUGGUGGUUACUGCCCCUCCAAGUACGGCGUCGAGGCCUUCUCCGACAGCCUCCGACUGGAGAUGCGCCACUUUGGGGUGAAGGUCAGCAUCAUUGAACCGGGCUACUUCAGCACAGCCAUCACCAACGCCCAGAUCCUGAAAGAUAAUUUCCAGUGCAUCUGGGAGAGGCUCUCGGAUGAAACCAGAGCAAGUUACGGAGAGGCUUACUUCAAAAGCUUUUUAAAGUUAACGCAGGAAUUGCUGAAGAUGUGCAGCUCCAACCUGUCCUUGGUCACAGACUGCAUGGAGCACGCGCUGACCAGCCGGUACCCCCGCGCCCGCUACUCGGCAGGCUGGGACGCCAAGCUGCUCUACCUGCCC